CAGUAUCUGAUCAGGGCGUUCCUGUGAAGUCCGCCACUGUCCGUGUCAUCGUCAAAGUCCUGGAUGAGAAUGACAACAAACCACAGUUUAUGGAGAAAGUCUACAAAAUCAAACUCCCAGAGCGUGAAAAGCUGGAGAAAGAGCGUGCCCUCAGGAGAGAUCCCGUGUACCGCGUCAUCGCCUCAGAUCGAGACGAAGGGCCAAACGCUGAGAUUUCCUACAACAUCGAGGACGGAGACGAACAGGGAAAGUUUUUCAUUGAGCCCAAAACUGGCAUGGUUUCCUUUAAGAAGUUUUCUUCUGCUGGAGAUUAUGAUAUCUUAACGAUUAAAGCAGUAGAUAAUGGCCGACCCCAGAAAUCGUCCACCUGCCGUCUACACAUCGAAUGGAUCCCCAAGCCGGAGCCGAGCGAGGUCCCUCUGGCAUUUGACGAGCCAUUUUACUCCUUUUCUGUCAUGGAGAGUGACCCCGUGGCACACAUGGUCGGGGUCAUCACUAUGGAGUCUGUGGAUACACCAGUCUGGUUUGAAAUAACAGAGGACAUGGCGGCUAAAGAGCUGUUUUACAUCGUUCAGAUGGCUUGCGACCUGAACUGCACCGCAGAAGGUGGUAAUUCUGACAGUCGAUUUGAGGUGGGGAAGGCGAGUGGGACGGUGAUUGUGGCCCAAGCGCUGGACGCAGAACAGAAAUCCCAUUACAACCUGACGGUGGACGCAACAGAUGGCACCAGAUCUGUCAGCACGCAGAUUCUUAUUAAAGUGAUCGACACCAACAAUCAUCGUCCCCAGUUCUCUAAGUCUAAGUAUGAAGUGAAUGUCCCUGAAGAUACCCCACCUGACACAGAGGUGUUACAGAUUACAGCUACAGACCAGGAUGAGAAGAACAAGCUAACCUACACCCUCCUCAGCAGCACUGACCCAUUCAGUCUACGCAAGUUCAGACUAGAUCCUGGAACCGGGGUGUUGUACACUGCAGAGAAACUAGACCACGAAGCCAUGCACCAACAUACUCUAACUGUCAUGGUACGAGAUCAGGACAUUCCUGUGAAGCGGAACCUGGUGCGUGUGAUUGUAAAUGUCCAUGACACCAAUGACAAUGCACCUUGGUUCUCUGGUUCACCGUAUGUGGGCCGUGUGUUUGAGUCUGCUGCAAUCGGCUCUGCAGUGCUUCAGGUCUCUGCUCUUGACAAAGACAAAGGGCAGAAUGCUGAGAUCAUCUAUAGCAUUGAGUCAGGAAACGUGGGCAAUUCAUUUGCUAUUGAUCCUAUCCUGGGCACAAUCACUGUGGCAAAAGAGCUGGACCGUAGCAACAAGAACCAAUUUGAGCUAACUGUGAAAGCUUCUGACAAAGGCACACCACCACUUAGUGCUACUGCUUCUGUUGACAUAACUGUCACUAUUUCCGACAAUGCCAUCCCUAAAUUUGCAAGGGAGGAGUUUUCUGCUGAAGUCAGCGAAACCGCUCUGCCUGGAGCCUUUGUGAGUCUGGUAACUGCCAACAGCCGAUCAUCAGUGUUCUAUCAGAUUAAAGACGGAAAUGUGAAUGGAGUGUUUGACAUCAACCCCAACUCUGGAGUCGUUGUGACCCAUUCGGUUCUGGAUUACGAGAAUAUUCCAUCAUACAAACUAACCAUUCAGGGAACCAACAUGGCUGGUCUGGCUAGUAACACUACUCUGCUGAUUCACUUGAAGGAUGAGAAUGAUAAUGCACCUGUAUUUAUUCAAGAUGAGUUCACUGGAAUGGUCAGCGAGUCUUCUCCAGUCAACAGUGUAGUCCUCACCAAAGACAACACACCACUUGUAAUCCGUGCUUUAGACACUGACCAUGAUGCUAACUCUAGGCUGGUCUAUCAGAUUGUUGAGCCAUUUGCCCAUAAUUACUUUGCCAUCGACUCUAGCACUGGUGCAAUCAGAACCAUCAGUGAAUUUGAUUAUGAGCAAAGAUCUGUGUUUCGCUUUUCUGUUCAAGUCCACGACAUGGGAAUCCCUCGUCAUUUUGCAGAGAAGGCUGCUAACGUGACUAUUGAGAUCCUGGACGUCAAUGACUGCCCGCCUCAGUUCAGCCAAGGUCUAUAUGAAACCACAGUCUUAGUGCCAACUUACAAAGGAGUGGAAGUGAUCACAGUCAAUGCCACAGAUGCAGACUCAGGUCCAAACUCAAGGCUGUUUUACUCUACUGUCGAAGGCAAUAUUGGAGAGAAGUUUAAAAUGGACCCGGUCACAGGGGUUAUCACUAUUCAAAAUGUCACUCAGCUUAGAAGCAGGUAUGAGCUCAGAGUAAGGGUGUCUGAUGGCAGGUUUUCUAAAACAGCUUUGGUAAAAAUAAAUGUCAGAGAGAAUAAGGAGAGUACUCUGAGGUUCACCCAAGAAUCAUACAAGGCCUUUGUACCAGAAAAGUCCUUAGAGAAGAAGACUUUAGCUGUAAUUGCUGCAGUGGGAAGCCAAGUCAAUGAACCUUUGUUUUAUACAAUUCUGAACCCUGAUAAGAGAUUCGCAAUAAGCCAUACUUCGGGAGUACUCUCCUCUACAGGCACACCCUUUGAUCGAGAAGAGCAAGCCGUAUUUGAUAUUGUGGUGGAGGUGACCAGAGAAGACAAGUCAUCUGAUGUAGCCCAUGUCCUUGUGACUGUGAUAAUCGAGGAUGUCAAUGAUAACCCACCUGUGUUUGUCAAUUUACCCUAUCAGGCACUGGUGCUGGUUGACACUGAGGUGGGUCACAUCAUCACAAAAGUGACUGCGGUUGAUGCAGAUAUCGACAGAAAUGCUGAGAUCAGCUACCAUCUUCAGGAGCUAAAUGAGUUUGUUCAGAUCAGCAUGGAUGGUGAAAUCUCACUAACAAAGAAGCUUGAGAAGGACUCCCUUAACACUGAAUUUAAAAUCACCAUUGUAGCCAGAGAUGGAGGUGAACCAACACUUUCCUCAUCUGUUGAAGUGCCAAUAAUGGUUGUAAACAAAGCAAUGCCUGUGUUUGAGAAAGCCUUCUACAGUCUGGAGAUCCCAGAGAACAUACCAUUACUAACGCCUGUUGUACACAUUCAGGCUAAUGACUCUGAAGGCCCUAGAGUAGUGUACACAAUCACAGAAGGGGACCCUCUCAAUCAGUUCUCCAUCAACUUCAAUACUGGUGUCAUUCAGGUUGUAAAGCCUUUGGAUUUCGAAACCCACCCAGCCUAUAAACUCAGCGUAAGGACCACCGACUCGCUAACCGGUGCCAAAGCUGAAGUCUUUGUUGACAUAAUCUUGGAAGAUGUUAAUGAUAACCCACCUGUGUUCCAUACCAAAUUGUACAAUGCAAGUCUUUCAGAAGCCUCAGUGAUCGGGACAUCCGUAUUACAAGUCUCAGCUACAGAUGCUGAUACCGGUAACAACCAAGUGCUCUUUUAUCAGAUUGUUGAAGAUAAAGACAAGAGCGCUGAUUACUUUAGCAUCGAUCGUGACACAGGCACAAUCUGGACAACUCAGAUGCUUGACCAUGAAGAAAAACCCUCACAUAAGCUGAUGAUUAGAGCAGUUGAUGGUGGAGUACCUGCCCUUUCCAGUGAGGUCAUGGUGUUAAUUGAUGUAACAGACCUUAAUGACAACACUCCAGUUUUCUCACGGAAUGUCUAUGAAGCUACGGUCAGUGAACUGGCAACCCGUGGCCACUUUGUCACCCAGGUUCAGGCUUCCGAUGCUGACAACUCAGAUAGUGGUAAACUUGAAUUCUCAAUUAUGUCAGGAAAUGAAGGGCAAAACUUUGCUAUAGAUCCAAACACUGGGGCUAUAGUCAUAUCAAACCACCGGAAACCCCAUAUGGAGUCUCUCUACAACAUCAAUGUGUCUGUAUCUGAUGGUGUAUUCAGAAGUUCAGCUAUUGUGAAGGUCAAUGUUAUUAGUGCUAACUUUCACAAUCCUGCUUUCAACCAGGUGGAUUAUGUGGUUGAGCUUCUUGAGAACUCACCAGUUGGAACAUUAGUAGCUGAGGCUCAAGCGACAGAUGAGGACUCAGGUACAUAUGGAAGACUCACCUAUCAUAUAGUCAAUGACAUUGCUAAAGACAAGUUCUCAAUUUCUGAAAAUGGAGAGAUCUUCACUUUGGAGAGUCUUGACCGAGAGAAUCCACUGGAGAAAGUGAUUCCGAUUUCUUUAAUCGCUAAAGAUGGCGGUGGCAAAGUUGGCUUCUGCACUGUAAAUGUGAUCUUAACGGAUAUCAAUGAUAAUACCCCGCAGUUCAGAGCUGCUGAUUACAGAGUUAACGUUGCUUCCGACAUGCCAAGAGGAACAACCAUACUUAAGAUUGCAGCAUCCGACAUGGAUGAAGGUAGUAAUGCAGACUUCACCUAUUCUAUUGAAGGAGACGCAGACAAUGUUGAAGAGAAUUUUGAAAUACACCAGUUUAGUGGUGUCAUUGUAACAAAGGAAAGCCUCAUUGGAUUGGAGAACCAACUCUACACGUUUCUUGUACGAGCAAAAGAUGGUGGAAAUCCCACCAAGUCCUCUGUUGUUCCAGUCUAUGUCAGGAUUCUUGCUCCUGAGGUCCCAGUGCCAAAGUUCAUAGAGUCCCACUACAGGUUUGCCAUAGAUGAAGAUCUUCCUCUUGGUUCAGAAAUAGAUGUCAUUCAGGCUGAAAGUGAUCAGCCAGUCUUUUACAGCCUGGUGAAAGGGAAUACUCCUGAGAGCAACCAAGAUGAGGUAUUUGUAGUUGACCCCACCUCAGGAUCUUUGAAGCUGGAGAAGAAGCUUGACCACGAGAGCACCAAAUGGUAUCUGCUAACCCUACAAGCACAAAGCGAAUAUGAUGGUAACAAAGUCAUCUCCUCUGUGGACAUUAGUAUCCAGGUCAAGGACGUAAAUGAUAAUCCACCGCUCUUUGAGUCAAACCCUUAUGAAGCUUUCGUUGUGGAGAAUCUUCCAGGUGGCACCUCUGUUAUACAGGUAAAGGCCACUGACCUGGACUCUGGCACUAAUGGCCAUAUGAUUUACAAUCUAGAGUCCAACCAAGAGACAAGGGACAUUGCAGAAUUGUUUGCCAUCAACAGUGAAACGGGAUGGAUUACCACAUUAAAGGAACUUGACCGUGAGAAGAAAAGCAAGUACACUGUUUCAGUCUUAGCCACCGACCGUGGAGACAAAGUACAGCUGAUGGCCAAAACUAAGGUGGAUGUCACAAUGGUAGAUGUGAAUGACAAUCCACCAAGGUUCACAGCAGAGAUCUAUAAGGGCACAGUAAGCGAAGAUGACCCACCUGGAGGAGUCAUAGCCAUUCUUAGCACUACAGACCUGGACACAGAGGACAAUAACAAGCAAAUCAACUACUUUAUCACAGGUGGAGACCCCUUGGGACAGUUUGGCAUUGAGCAUACUCAAGGCGAGUGGAAGGUCUCUGUGCAGAAGCCUCUCGACAGGGAGGAGAAGGACAAUUACUUGCUGAACAUUACGGCCACUGACGGGACCUUCACAGCCAAGGCUGUGGUUGAAGUCAAGGUCUUAGAUGCCAAUGACAACAACCCACUUUGUGAGAAGUCAUUCUAUAUGGAAAGUGUCCCGGAGGACUCCCCUUCGGGUAGACUGAUCCUGCAGGUCUCCGCCACAGAUGCCGACAUCCGUUCCAAUGCACAGAUCUCCUACGAGCUGCUAGGGCCCGGAUCAGAGCACUUUAGCAUCGACUCUGAGACAGGUGAAUUGAAAACACUGCUCCCUCUGGACCGUGAAGAAGAGGAGGUUCACAAGAUGAAGGUGCGCGCUCUGGAUGGAGGCGGACGCUUUUGUGAAGCAGAAGUUGAAAUCACAGUCGAAGAUGUCAACGACAAUGCUCCGCAAUUCACCUCUGACCCCUACACCUUUACUGUGUUUGAAAACACAGAGAUAAACACACCUGUGGCUCGCCUGUACGCCUCAGACCUGGACACGGGUUCUAAUGCAGAGAUCCUCUAUUCACUGCUGGACUCUGCUGAUGGUGUGUUCUCCAUCGAUGAGGAAACUGGCAUCGUGCAUCUGGAUCGUCCUCUGGACCGUGAACUCCAGUCACUCUACACCCUCCGCGCCUUUGCCACAGACCGUGGGUCCCCGCGGCGUCUCUCUUCCCUCACCACUGUCAGUGUUUCCAUCUUGGACAUCAACGACAACCCUCCAGUGUUUGAGCGGCGCGAGUACACUUCCACCGUCUCUGAAGACAUUCCGGUGGGCACCCAGGUGUUACGGGUGCACGCAGCCAGCCGAGACACAGAAGCAGGAGCAGAGAUUACAUACGCCAUUAUCAAUGGAAACGAGAGAGGAGCGUUCCGCGUCGACCCCCAUACAGGUGGUGUCUUCGUGAUCGAGCCUUUGGACUACGAAACAGCACAUGAGUAUUAUCUAACAGUGGAGGCUACAGAUGGAGGCACGCCGUCACUCAGUGACAUGGCCACAGUGAACAUCAACCUGACGGAUGUAAACGACAACAGCCCCGUCUUCAGCCAAGAUAUUUACUCUGCUGUGGUCAGCGAAGACGCAGAGCUGGGAAAGAUCGUGCUCGCUGUCAUGGCUGACGAUGCAGAUGGUCCAUCCAGUAAUCAGGUGCGCUUCUCCAUCAUUGAUGGCAAUCAAGGCAGUCCUUUCACCAUCGACCCCAUCAGAGGAGAGGUCAAGGUGGCCCGCCAGCUCGACAGAGAGAAGACUUCAGGUUACACACUGACUGUGUUGGCCUCUGACAAUGGAAGCCCGGCUCGAUCUAGCAGCGCUACGGUCAACAUAGACGUCUCGGACAUAAACGAUAACCCACCUCUCUUCUCUCAGGCCAACUACAGCAUCAUUAUACAGGAGAACCAGCCAGUCGGUACCAGUAUUCUCCAACUGACCGUGUCUGACCGUGAUGCCUCCCACAAUGGACCUCCUUUCACAUUUUCUAUCAUCAGUGGGAACGAGGGCGAAGCCUUCCAAAUAACUCCUCAGGGCGUGCUGGUCUCCGCGGUAACUCUGAGCCGCCAGACUCAAGAGUUCUACCUCCUACAGGCCCAGGUAACGGACAGCGGUCGCCCACCAUUGGUCUCCACGGCGUUUGUGAGUGUACGUUUGAUCGAGGAGAGCAUCUACCCUCCUGUCAUUCUUCCCCUGGACAUCUUUAUCACCACAGCAACAGAUGAAUAUUCAGGUGGGGUCCUGGGUAAAAUCCACGCCACCGAUCAGGAUGUUUAUGACACUCUAACCUACAGCCUCGCACCUGAUAUUUCCUCCACCUCUGAAAACUCUGGCCUCUUCUCCGUCUCCCCCGCUGAUGGGAAACUCGUGGCCCGUGGGAAUCUGGAUGCUGGUCAAUACGUCCUUAACAUUACAGUGACAGAUGGUCGCUUUACUGCUGCUGCCCGAGUCAAUAUUCACGUACGACAGGCAACAGCACAAGCACUCAAUAACUCCAUCGCUGUGCGUUUCUCUGCAAUAGCGCCGGAGGAGUUUAUCGGAGAUUAUUGGCGUAACUUUUUGCGGGCUUUGCGGAAUAUCGCCGGUGUCAGACGCGGAGACGUGCAGUUAGUCAGCUUGCAACCUGCUGCUGAUGCCUCCGGUGACCUGGAAGUACUUCUAGCUCUAGAAAGGUCAGGAAGUCCAUUCCAGCCCCAGGAAGUGGUGUACAGGAAGCUGAAUGCCUCCGUUGGGGUAAUCGAAGAGAUGACUGGAGUCCGUAUUGUACGAGUUGUGAAGAAACUCUGUGCCGGUUUGGACUGUCCUCUUAGUUACUGCCAAGAGACGGUUUCCUUGGAGACGGGAGCAGUGUCAGCCUACAGCACGGCUAGGAUUAGUUUUGUUACGCCACGUCACAUGCGCACAUCCAAAUGUCUCUGUGAAGGAGCUGAGUGUCCUGUCCUGAGUAAACUCUGUGAGGCAAGCCCCUGUCCUGAUGGCAUGGAGUGUGUAGAAGACCCCAUACACACCAAAUUCAAAUGCAUCUGUCCUGAGGGAAAACAGGAAGAGUGCUCAGAGCGUCAGUCCCUAACAUUCAGCGGAAAUGGAUAUGCACGGUACAGGCUAAUGGAGAACGAGAAUAAGGAAGAAAUGAAGCUAUCCCUCAGACUGCGAACGUUCUCCACUCACGCCACUGUCAUGUACGCCAAAGGCACAGACUACAGCAUACUGGAGAUUGUGAACGGCCGCCUGCAGUACAAGUUCGACUGCGGCAGUGGUCCUGGUGUGGUGUCCGUGCACAGUACCCAGGUCAGUGAUGGAGAGUGGCACACUGUCUCUCUCGAGGUAGAUGGCAACUACGCUAGACUGGUCCUAGAUCAGGUCCACGCUGCAUCUGGCACUGCUCCAGGAACUCUGCGCACACUCAACCUGGACACCAGCAUGUACUUUGGGGGUCAUGCACGGCCGGCGUCCGGCUCAGGAAGACUUGUGGUAAAUGGGCUGCGGGGUUGUCUGGAGGGGAUUGUGUUUAAUGGGAGGGAGCUGCCGCUGUCUCAGGUUCGAGGGGUUCACUCCGUCCUGGAGGAGCUGGUUGAGGCGGCUCCCGGAUGCAGCUUGGCUCCUCCAGUCCAAGGCUGCUCCAGUAACCCCUGCACUAAUGGAGGCACAUGUUCAUCACUGCCUAAUGGAGGGUAUUUCUGUAAGUGCACCGCUGCGUUCAUGGGCACUCACUGUGAAGUCACGAUCAGCCCCUGUGCCUCUAACCCCUGCCUCUAUGGAGGCACAUGUAUCCCAAGAGGAGGAGACUUCUACUGCCAGUGCAGAGGACAGUACUCUGGGCAACGGUGUCAGCUGGGUCCAUACUGCACAGACAACCCGUGUAAGAACAGCGGCAAGUGCAUUGAUAGCCUGGAUGGUCCCGUGUGUGAGUGUGAACAAGGUUUCCAAGGAGACAGGUGCCUCAGUGAUGUAGAUGAGUGUCUGAAAGUGAAACAGUACUAG